AUGGGCCUGCUCCACACGGUGCUCGGCCUGCACAGAAGCAUGGGCCUGCUCCACAUGGUGCUGCACACCAGCAUGAACCUGCUCCACAUGGUGCUCGGCCUGCACAGAAGCAUGGGCCUGCUCCACAUGGUGCUGCACACCAGCAUGAACCUGCUCCACAUGGUGCUCGGCCUGCACACCAGCAUGAACCUGCUCCACACGGUGCUCGGCCUGCACAGAAGCAUGAGCCUGCUCCACAUGGUGCUGCACACCAGCAUGAACCUGCUCCACAUGGUGCUCGGCCUGCACACCAGCAUGAACCUGCUCCACAUGGUGCUCGGCCUGCACAGAAGCAUGGGCCUGCUCCACAUGGUGCUGCACACCAGCAUGAACCUGCUCCACAUGGUGCUCGGCCUGCACAAGCAUGAACCUGCUCCACAUGGCAUGGGCCUGCUCCACAUGGUGCUGCACACCAGCAUGAACCUGCUCCACAUGGUGCUCGGCCUGCACACCAGCAUGAACCUGCUCCACACGGUGCUCGGCCUGCACAGAAGCAUGAGCCUGCUCCGCAUGGUGCUGCACACCAGCAUGAACCUGCUCCACAUGGUGCUCGGCCUGCACAGAAGCAUGGGCCUGCUCCACAUGGUGCUGCACACCAGCAUGAACCUGCUCCACAUGGUGCUCGGCCUGCACACCAGCAUGAACCUGCUCCACAUGGUGCUGCACACCAGCAUGAACCUGCUCCACAUGGUGCUCGGCCUGCACACCAGCAUGAACCUGCUCCACAUGGUGCUGCACAGAAGCAUGGGUCUGCUCCACAUGGUGCUGCACACCAGCAUGAACCUGCUCCACAUGGUGCUCGGCCUGCACACCAGCCUCCAUCUGUGA